UAUUCAACCUGGAAGACAGCGAAAUAAUAUUGCUCGUACAUUUCCUCAUCAACCCCCAAGACAUUUUGUGAUUUGCUGCUUUUUAAUUAAAUAAGCUAAGUACAUUACCUUUCUGAAUCAUGCUUUCGACUGUCGUUCAGGCGUUACUGAUACCGUAGAUCUGUACUUCCUUGUUUACACGAAGAGUAUAAUUUCUUUCGAAGUUCUUCACUUCGAUUUGAGGAAGGGGGACAAUGUUUCCUGUAAAAUUGAUUUGUGUGAUUGCCACUGCAAUUAUCUUGCUGUCAUGCCCUUUGUUUUUAGAGGGUAAACAGCCGCCGCACAUAGUAUUCAUACUUGCUGACGACUUCGGCUGGAAUGAUGUUGGAUACCACGGUUCAGAGAUCAAGACGCCGAAUCUGGACAAACUGUCGGCUAAAGGUGUCCGGCUGGAGAAUUAUUACGUUCAACCUUUAUGUACACCUUCUAGGAACCAAUUUAUGACCGGCAGAUAUCAGAUCCACACAGGCAUGCAACACCAGAUCAUCUGGCCGUGCCAGCCCUACUGUGUUCCACUGGAUGAGAAGCUGCUGCCACAGCUGAUGAGAGAGGCAGGCUAUGCCACCCACAUGGUGGGCAAGUGGCACCUGGGCAUGUACCGCAAAGACUGCUUGCCAACACGCAGAGGGUUCGACUCCUAUUUCGGCUAUCUGACAGGCAGUGAGGACUACUUCAGUCACCAGCGCUGCAGUCAUGUCCCUCUCCUGAAUGUGACCCGCUGUGCCCUGGACCUGAGAGAGGGGGAGGAGGUUGCUACUGGAUACACAGGGACCUACUCCACUCAGCUGUUUACCGACAGGGUUACCAGCAUCAUCGCUAAACAGGACUCCAAAAAGCCCCUCUUCCUCUAUGUGGCUCUUCAAGCGGUCCACGCCCCUCUCCAGGUUCCAGAGCGCUACGUCGCCCCCUACAGUUUUAUAAAGGACCCGAACCGCAGGCUGUACGCUGGUAUGGUGUCAGCUAUGGACGAGGCUGUGGGCAACAUCACACUGGCACUGCAGGAGACAGGCCUCUGGGACAACACUGUACUGGUCUUCUCUACAGAUAACGGUGGUCAGACUCUGACAGGGGGUUCUAACUGGCCUCUGAGAGGCAGGAAGUGGUCACUGUGGGAGGGUGGGGUUAGGGGCGUUGGCUUUGUGACCAGCCCGCUGCUGAAACAACCUGGGACCGUCAGCCGCCAACUCAUACACAUCUCUGAUUGGCUGCCGACACUGAUGGGCCUGGCCGGGGGAUCGACCAAUGGGACGAAGCCGCUGGACGGGUUUAAUGUGUGGAACGCUAUCAGUAAAGGUUACGCGUCGCCCAGACUGGAGCUGCUACACAACAUUGACCCUCUCUACGUUGACAUCGCGCCAUGUCCAGGCAGGCCUUCCCAGGGGUUGUCUGUGUCUGAUGCUCCAGUGAGUGGUGGUGGCUCCAACUCCAACCCUUGGUCCUGGUCUAACUCAGGCUUCAACGUGUCUAUCCACGCUGCCAUCCGCAGCAUGCAGUGGAAGCUGCUGACUGGCUACCCAGGCUGUGACCGAUGGUUCCCCCGUCCAGGCUUGGAGGACCGUUCUGGAACCAACAGUACUGGUUCUGGUAAUCCCCUGAAGCCUGUGAUGCUGUUUGAUGUGGAGGCAGACCCAGAAGAGAGGGAUGAGGUGUCUGACCAACACCCCAAUGUAGUGGACAAUCUCCUCAGGAGAUUAGGCCACUACCUGCAGAGGUCUCAGCCAAUCAACUUCCCCGAUGACGACCCCAGGUGUGACCCUGGCACUGGAGCCUGGGGGCCCUGGGAAUGAUGGUGGUGGUGAUGAUGAUGACGAUGAAGGAGAAGUGUAAAGUGCCAGAUUUCAGCGAUGAAGAGAUACAUGAAGAUUAUUCAAGAUCUCAAUGACCACUUUUCCUCAGGGAGGGUGUGUGGGGCUGUGUAUGUGUGCUGCAGCCGUAGAUGCGUGUCUGUGUGAGAGAGGCUGUCUGGUGUUUUAUUGAGUCACUUUAAAAGGUACCAUUUGAUGUUUUAUGAUGCAACAAAACUCAAAUCAGGUCAUGAUGUUACUUAAAUACAUUUCCAUUUUAGUUGUUUUAGCAGACGCUCUUAUCCAGAGCGACUUACAGGAGCAAUUAGGGUUAAGUGCCUUGCUCAAGGGCACACAAUAAAUAUUUCACAUAGCUGGCUCGGGGAUUCGAACCAGCAACCUUUUGGUUUCUGGCCCAAUGCUCUUAACUGCUAGGCUACCUGCCGCCCCUACCUGUCGAAUAGAAGCUAGUUUUAAUGUAUUUCAUGGGUGGUCCAAGUAGAGAAUAUACAGAACCCGUCAAAAGUGAAGAUUUUUCAAAUGUUAUAUCUGACUAUGUGAAAUUCUUAUAUGCUAAUUCAAAGAAACCUUUCAAAUACAAUAACUAUUCCCUUAUGUGCAAUAAAAAAGAGGAAAGGGUGAGUAAA